ACAUUUGUAUCUCUGAACUCCAACCAUGGCUGCUCUGGUUCUCUACCUUCUCAGUCUCCUCAUGGCUGGCCAUUCCAGUGCCUCAUGGUGUGUGUGCAAAACAGGGCUGAGGCUCAUUGCAACUAUGCAGUCAAUAGCUUCUUCCAAAAGAAAGGUCAAGCUGCUGAGUCUUGUAACUUCACUGGUUCUGCAACUCUUACCACCACUGAUCCCAGCUAUACAGGAUGUGCAUUCCCUUCUAGUGCUAGUGGUUCUAGUGGAAGCGGUAGCACCACCGUGACGCCAGGCAAAAACAGUCCAAAAGGAAGCAACAGCAUCACCACAUUUCCCGGCGGAAACAGUCCAUACACUGGCACACCAUCUACCGGAUUAUUAGGAGGCAAUGUCACUGAUGCUACUGGAACCGGGUUUAACCCAGAUUACUCUACCGAAAGCAGUGGAUUCGCACUCCAUUACUCCGACAACCUUAUAUGCAGAGAAGUCAGAGAACACAUUUAUUGCGCAGCAGUCUGUUUACGAUCUGUCCCCGAUAUUUGGUUAUGUCAAGAGUGCAGAUCCUCAACUCGCGUAUUACAGAUAUCGGAUCAUGUGAACAACUCAACUAAUAGCGGUAAGAAAGAGAUUUCUACGCCGGUUCUUCGUCAUAAUACUUCGAAUGGCGGCUUGAGACUUCAUCCGCCUCCUCAUGGACUUAUGUUGCUGGCACAAUCAUGUCCUAGUAAAGCUUCUAAUUUGGUGUCCAAUGAUACAUCUCCAAUCAAGAAACAUCGACCACAAUUUUUGGCUUUUCCUUCUCCGAAAAGAAAACGUAGGACACUUCGGCUUGCAGAAGAAGAUAUUGAAGAAACUAAGCGUCAAAGACCUCAAAGCUCACAUCCUUGUGUAUUUCAUCAAAUUGAUUAAGACAUUUGUGUUAACUUCUACUGAGCCUAUCUUUGCUUAAGUUGCUUAAGUGAGUGCAUCUGUAACUAAGAUUUUUAGGGUUUCAUUUCCCUUGGAUCUCAAGUUACUUACAAGCUAGGUAAGAUUGGACUUUAAUGACAUGUGACUUGCUCACAUUGACAUUCCUUCUUUGUAUCCUGUCUAUAAAUCAUUGUUAUGAUA